AUGACAAUAUCUACUUUCGAUCACGUGUCUGCGGGGCGACUUAGACGGAUUGCGCGUCAUCUCGCCUUCCCAAAUUUUCCCCUUCUGCUGCAGCUCCUAUCCAAAACAUCUAUCUAUAGUACGGAGCACGAGAGAGAGAGAAAGAUGUUUAACUCGGUGAAUCUGGGCAACUUCUGCUCCCAGACGCGCAAAGACCGGACAUCCGAGUUUGGGGACAGGACGGGCUGUGCGUCCAAUAUCUACCUCCCCAGCUGCACCUACUACGUCCCCGAGUUUUCUGCCGUCUCCUCGUUUCUUCCACAGGCCCCGUCCAGACAAAUCAGCUACCCCUAUUCCACAAAUCUGUCUCAAGUGCAGCCGGUACGGGAAGUUUCAUACGGCUUGGACCCUGCUAGUAAAUGGCACCACAGAAGCAACUAUGCGUCGUGCUACUCGGGAGAGGAUCUGGUGCAUAGAGACUGUCUUCCACCAUCCACCAUGACAGAAAUGCUUAUGAAGAACGAGAGUGUGUACAGCCACCACCAUCACCAUCACACUCAUCCGGGCUCCAAUCACCCUUCCACAGGUUUUUAUUCCGGCGUGGGGAAAAACAAUGUCCUCCCGCAAGGUUUCGAUCGCUUUUUUGAGACGGCGUACUGCAGCAGCACGGACAAUCAGUCAGACAAUUGUUUACAAAAGGGCGAAGGGGAGAAGCUGGAAAGCGACUCCCAACAGCAGCAGCAGCAACAACAGCAGCCCACAGCGUCUGUACCCGGAGCCGCGGAGCAGGAAAAAGACCCAGAAGAUGAGGAGGAACACACAAAUUCAGGCUCAUGUACGUCUUCCUCUGCAACAACCAAGGACGGCAACGCCAGCAAGAGCAGCCACUCGAGCGCUCCUCGAACAAGGAAGAAGCGGUGUCCAUAUUCCAAGUUUCAGAUUCGAGAGCUGGAGCGGGAAUUCUUCUUUAACGUUUACAUCAACAAAGAGAAAAGGCUUCAACUUUCCCGAAUGUUAAACCUCACCGACCGCCAGGUUAAAAUUUGGUUUCAGAAUAGAAGAAUGAAAGAGAAGAAGCUGAGCAGAGAUCGCCUCCAGUACUUCUCUGGAAAUCCCCUAUUGUGAGCAGGAGCAGAGAGUGUCACAGUGUGGGACGGUGGCAUUUAGGCCCCCUCUUAUCUCACUGAGUUGUCACUGUGGGCAUACCCAUUUUCUAAGGCAGCCCACAUCACCAACAGUGCAAUGCUAAAGCGGACAGUGGCAGAAAUAGGCCUGCAUGGGAUAAAAAUCGCCAUUUUCUUAUAGCCCUACGGGCGGCGUUGAAUUUCUAGCUGGUCCCCAGAAAAAGGCCUACACGAUUAGAAUAAUCAUUUAUAUGCUGUUCUUGAAUAUGUCCCUCUAUUUAUCAUGAUCCUUCAUUGUGUUUAUUCUAUUGUUCACAUAUUUGUUAAAAACAAUAUGAAAUAUAACAAGCUUUUUGAAUCCUUUAUUGCGCAGACAACUUUUAGCUCUCAUCCCCAGCUCUGGUCUUUGUAUAUAGCUUAUCCCCAUCUAAUUAUUUCUUUACCGGAGUACGAGCAAAUUAUAGGAAAUCUUUAAUUAAGCUGCAUAUUUCGCCAUUGAGAACUGUGACGUCCAAUCUGUGAAAAAAGUAUAUCCCCCUGUACAGAGUAGCCUAUGCAAUGUGCUAUCAUGACUGUAAAUAACCGUAUGUUGAAUUUCCUUUCCGCUAUCCCUGCUGCUAUUUUUUCAGUACAGUGCCCAUUCAACUCUAACAGCUUUAACGCCAACACUUGUUAAAUUAUUUGCUUAAAGCGUUGCUGCUUUCGAUUCCAGAGAGGAGGAGCAGAU